AUGGCUUUUGGAAUACCUUCGAUCAUGACAUCUCUUGCUCCCUACCACAUCAUCUCAUAUGGAACCCUGCUCGGCACGUCACUAUUCCAGGCCCUCACAUUUCCCCCUCGUGGCCCGGCAUCCCUGUUCAAGGAGAACAGCGACUGGAUUCCGCUCGUGGUUGCGGGGUUGCCGUCCUUGGCGAACCUGCUCGUCUACGGACCGAGGUCUAAACAGGCGAUGAUUCAUCGCACUCAUCAAGAAACCCGCGAUGCCAAACGCCCUGGGGAUGUCGAUGAGCCCAGCCCAAAUAUGCUUGCUGUUAGAAGACGAUUCUCAAGGAACCAUGCGAUGAGCAUCCACCUCAAACUCGUCUCAAUUAUUGCGAUGCUGCGGUACGGUUUCAGCUUGGCAUCUCGCAUUCACAUUGAAGUCGACUCAUAG